UCUUUCAUUAACAGCCCCUCACCUGCCGCGAUCGCUUCAUACCCGACAAUACUGACCACCGACAUAACCUGUAGUACACUCCAGAGACAUCAGCGGAUUUGGCUGUGUAGUUGCCUCCUUGCAGAUUAUGAUGUCACUGUUGCAAUGACCAUUAAGGGAUCACAGCAAAGAUUAAGUGCAUGGAGGUAUAGGUUGUUUAAAAAGGGGACAUUUAAGGAACAGUGGAAGCAUGGACUUCCACACAGUCCUGCAGGAUUCACCCUCGUGGACCUUAGAGGAACUAUGAUUUUUUUUUACAGUGAAAACUAUCAAGCAAAAAGUCUAAGACAAUUACAAAUGAAGCCUGCUUUCCAUAUUUGAUUGUCCUAUAGUUUGCCACAUCAAGCUUUAAUGAGCAAGAUGAAGGUAAAAUGGACCAUGUUGGGCAUGGUUGUCUUCUUCCUGCUUUCUGUGGUUAUGACCGUCUGCUUCAUUUGGCAAUACAGGAUACCAAAGUUGAAGACAGAAAUGGUUAUAAAAGAAUCGGCAGCAGAAGCGAUGUGCCCGCGCUAUCCUGAGCCUGUGCCCCUCAAACAUCCCAUCAUAUCUUUAAGAGUGGCUUUAGAGAAGGUCGAUAUACUCCUGAGGAUGAGUGUUGAUGGGACCAAGCUUCCAGCAAUGUCUGCCAUUUUGGUUUUAAAUGACUCAAUCCUGUGGAUUGGUAAUUUUGGCAAAAAGAACAUUAGUGACCCAACAUCACCCGCACCCAAUGAGUACACAGUAUACAGAAUUGCAAGCCUUUCCAAAAUAUUUCCCACUCUGAUGUUGUACAAGCUGUGGGAAGAUGGCCUUGUGGACUCACUUGAUGACUCAGUAGAGAAGUACACAGACAACUUCACCAUCAAGAAUCCACUCGGUAGAGACAGGGAUUUGGCAUCCUCUUCAGUUAGGACCUUCAACAGAGCUGCCAUUACCUUACGAAGAAUGGCCAGCCACCUCUCUGGAUUACCACGAAGAUUAAGGUCAACUAAUCUCCUUUGGAAUGGAGACACACAUGUCGCCCUUCAUUUGUUACAGGAUGAUGUCCUUGUUGCUGAUCCUGGAACAAAAUGCCACUAUAGCAAUGUUGCCUUUUCUUUAAUGGCCAAUGCUCUGGCCGAGAAGGUGACUGGAAUGAACUUCGAAAAGUGGGUGUCUCGCAACAUUUUACAUAGGUUCAACAUGAAGAACACUGGUUUCGACAUGAUUCCUAUUAUUCAGAGACAGAUGGCAGUGGGUGUCUACAGCAAUGGUCAGCCAGCUCCCCUCUACAACUUGGGCUGGUAUCGACCCGCAGGUCAGAUGUACUCCACCACAGCUGACAUGGCAAAGCUUAUGAUGGCUCUCCUGGGAUCAUACAGCAGGACACUUCUCCGAAAAGACACCCUUAACACUAUGCUGGCUCCACUUUUCCAAUGCCAGAGUGGCUACUUUGCUAACUACACUGGCACACCAUGGGAGAUCAACCAGCAGCUGGGCUAUGACGUGGUAAGAAAGGAUGGUGACUUGGAUGGCUUUGCAGCCUCUCUUUCACUGGUGCCACGUCUCAAAUUAGGACUGGUGGUCCUGAUGGCUGGGAUACGACCGUCAGAGCAGGAUUUAGUGAGGCAGGUAUACAGCCACCUCAUCCCUGCAGUGGAAGGUGCUUUCAGGGAUGCUGAACUGACUCCCAGACCACCGCCUGACCCAGCCCCAUAUAUAGGCUUUUUCACUUAUAGGAAUAUGACUUUCUAUGAGAUUAAAGUGGGGUCAGAUGGGGCCCUGAUCAUGCAACAGUUUGGACCACGGGUGGAUAGCAAUGUCCCAGCCAACUACCAAACCAUGCACCUUCAGUACCUUCAGGAUAGGGUGUUCAGAGUGGUGUUCAAGAGCCCAUACCCUUGUAAGUUAAAGAUGAACAGUGCCUCUGUUUCUUUGGAGACUCAAGACAGACAGCUCUUUAACUUUUACUUCUUCAACAAAAAAGGUGUGUCACCAGGUUUUGAUUCCCCAGGACUCAACACUUACAAAGUAAUGAGAAUAGCCAGCAGACCAUAUUUUACUACAUGAAAACAGAAUGUCGUCAUGAUAGCCAUUGAAUUAUAGUAGGAAAAAUAAUGCUGGAAAAGUGAUACGGAAACACAUGGCUUUCACACUUCAAUGUCAUGACAAGCUGAAGCCAUCUUAGAUUUCAAAGCAAGACAUCACCACCCACCCAUCCAUUUUCUAUACCAUUUAUCCUUUUCUGGGUCACUGCUGGGGAGCAAUCCAUCUGAGUUAGGGUGAAAGGCAGACUUCACUCUAAACUACUCAGUCUAAGGGCAAUUCUGAAGAGCGCAUUGACUGGGGAUUGAUCCACCAUCAGCCUAAUGGAAGCCACCAAUUACUUUGAGUCUGAUUCAGUGGAUAAACCGUUUAAAAGAAAAACAUAAAUUAAGAACACUUUCACACCUAUAUCAACAUAUGUACUGAUUUACAUGAUCAGCUAGAGUGCAUGAAGCUAACUGUGGUAUUAUAUAACAUAAAACAGCACAUUAAAUGCAGAGCUGCGUAGGAUGUGGUCAGAAAACAUGACGUGAGUGACUGAAACUUGCUAGCAUUGAAAAACUUUAGAUGAGGGGUUAGCAGCACAUCCGCCUCACAGUUCUGAGGACCUGGGUUCAAAUCUGGCCUCGCCUGUGUGGAGUUUGCAUGUUCCUCCUGUGCCUGCGUGGGUUUUCUCCGGGUACUCCGGUUUCCUCCCAAAGACAUG